CCCUACUCGCCGAAUUCGUUCAAGUCUUGCUGUGUGAAGGUCCAAAGAAGCCUGUGUUUGUUGAAGGGGCCGUGAUCAGUGAAAUUAAGGUGCCCCAGUUGCCAUUACAAAGUCGGGAAAGCAGUGAUACGUACCUGAAUGGAGAAGCCAAAGAAAAUGGAAGGCGAAAACCGUCUGAUAACACUGGUAGAAAGUGCAAAGGACACUUGGCUCUUUCGUGUCCGUCCCUUGAGAAUCGAAAUCGUGAUCAACGUUUGAAUAACGGGUGGAUCGAUAUACGUCGUGUGGAUGGUGGUGAAAAAGAGAAGCGUGAAUGUCGAGAACGUGGUGUGAAGGCAUUCGGCUAUUGCCAGAAAUCUGCUAAAAAUGGUAAUUUAAAUGGACACUGUAGUCUUGGAUGUAGUGGCCGAAUUGAAGCCGAUGAUAAACGAUCCGGUGCUGGAAUUAUCAAGCCUCAAAGUGGUGAUAGAACCGAAAGUUCAAGUGAAGAUGUCAAUGCUGAUAGAACCGAUGGUAACGUUGAAGAUACAAAAGAUCUGCUACGAACGUCCAGAUCCAAAGAUGAUGAUAUGAAACUAAGGAAAGGGUCGAAUUAUGGAUUGUUGACCAGGUGCCAUUGUGACGUCAAACGCGGAUGGGAUAGAAGUGACACGCCUAAAGCGCAAAGACCAUGUGCUGGGAAUCCAGUGGUGAUAUUGAAUUUGUUGGAUCAAGUUAGGAAAAGAAGGUUCUACGAUCGUAUCUACUUGGAUCAUACGAUCGGCUGCGAUGGUGUGGAGCAUGCGAUAUUUGGAAACAUGCGCUCGG